AUGCCACGUUUCGACACUUCCGGACAGGUGUGCAACAGUUCCAUCUUCAAAACGGCAGAGGAAAACGCCAGAUAUGUGUUUAUCGCCGCCUACAGUAUCCCCGGAUUUCUGAUGAACUUACGCCUUCUCUGGAUAUUGUCGGUGUCGCACAAAGAUUUUUAUAUGGCCCAGCCGUUUUUUGUCCUUUUUGGAUGUGAUAUUUUGUUGGUAAGUGUGACGAAAAGUUGAGUUACAAUAAGUUUAACUUUCAUAAAAGUUGACAAACUUUUAAUUGAUAUUGUAGAGUUCUACAACGUUCUAGGCGCUUCAGAACAAUUUUUUUUGAAAUCUUGACACCUGGUACUGUAUUUUUGUAGUUGACACUUUUGCUGUACAAUCACUUCCCGGGGUACUGUAGCUCCGGGAAGUUGGAGUUGAAAUUUAGGGGCGUUUGGCUAUUGUCAACUUCCGAGCGCUACAGUACCCCGGUAGGUGGUGAUAGAGACAAGUUGUCAACUACAAAAAUAUUCUUCACGUCUUGAACGUCAUUUUUGCUCUUGACAACGUUUUUGUACAACCACGCGCUGAGGUACUGUAGCGCUUGGAAGUGGACAAUAGCCAAAAACCCGCAGUUUUCUGUUCCAACUUUGGCGAGCCACAGUACUCCAACGAGUGAUCGUAUCAAAAAAGUGGCAACUACAAAAAUGACCCGCUAGAUGUCAAGAUUUCGCUCCGAAAGUUCCAGAGUCUCCUGCGCACGCCGCUCAUGCUACUCGUCAACCAUCCGAUCAACUACAUUCCCCAACUGUGCGGCACCCUUGCCGAUUUCUACAACACCCACGCGUUCCUCAUCCACAUCUUCCACCCGCUCAUUUUGUAUUUGAAAAACGCGAAAAUCGCCGUGCAAAUCGUGCUGAGCGUGAAUCGAAUGACGUGUGUGCUCGCGCCGGUGAAACACACAAUAUUCUGGCAGACACGAUUGAGGAUCGUCGUCUUCGCGAUUCUCGUCUACCCGUUUUUCAUCAUUUGGAACGUGAUAAUAUCGGAAAAGGGAUUGGUUAGCACGUUCGGCGGCUUCUCGUUCGAGUACGAAAGAGCCGUGCAGUGGGUGAGUCGGUGGGCAGCAAGGCUCGGGCCGAGAAUGCGCAUUUGCAGGCGGCUCUAUCCCUGCUAACGAGCGUCUCUCUGCUCGUCGCCGUGCUCAUCAUCUCGCUGUGCUCUUUUGUGACCGUGCUCCGAAUGCAGACGCUCCAGAAUCGAUUGCAGAAGACGGAACGCCACGUGUCCGUCGCCACCGUCUGGACCAAUUUCGCCUUUUUCCUCAUCGCCGCCAGCCAAGUCUACUUUCUGUUUUUCUACGGAAACGUGGAGAGCGCGUGGCGAAACUUCUUCUAUUUCCUCAACGACAUCUCGUACGACGUGCUCGACUUCGAGGGCGUUCUCGUCAUUCUGAUAGUGCCCAAGCUGAGAGCGCACUUUGUCGGCAGACGUGUGGCCGCCGCACGUGGUGCGGUUCGGUCGAUGAGCUCUUCCCAAUAA